CGACCACUGCGAAAGUUGCUUAAGUUCAACGAAUCGCACCCGAACGCGCUAACCAAACGUGCCAUCGAGCUCCUCCAUGACAAAAAAAAUCACAACUGAAGAACUCUACAAUAAGCAAAAUGAUAAAGUGUACGCUCACGUUUCUAAAGAAGCUGCUCAAGAAGCCGGGAAGGUACAACGUGGUCUUCAUCCUGCGUCCGUAAUGGUUUGGUGGGGUGUGUCUUAUAAAGAAGUCACAAAACUAUAUUUUUGUGAACAAGGAGUGAAAACUUCAGCCAAAAUGUAUCAAAAUACAGUCUUGGAUCAUGUUGUGAAACCUCUCAACAAUACACUUUUUAAAAUUAUCCGUGGACUUUCCAGCAGAAUUUCGCACCUGAUUACAAGGCAUGCAUGUCCUGUGGCAGAAAUGACAACACGACAUCUGUUGGGCAUGGAAGCGAUCUAGUUUUUACAAUCUUCCACCGGAAUUUGCUUCCAAGCUACUCUAAAAGCAGUGUAAAGUUGACCGAUGUUUGAUGUCUGUUUUGUUACCACUGUCUUCAUCACCUGGAACCAUAAAUUUUCUAUUGGGUUUAAAUCAUGACUGUACAGGGGGCAAUCCAAAACUGUCACAGACUGGUUACUUAAAAAGUCUUUUAUUACUUUUACAGUGUGUUUCGGACCAUGGCAACCGAUGGCGUAGCUUCUUGACUUUCACAGGUGCUUGUAACAGCCUAGACUGAAUAAAUGACUUUGGAUCCAUAUCUUUGUUCGGGGGGCGUCUAACAUAUUGUUUUCCGUCAGAAUUAAUCAUAUUAUUUUUUGUUACAUCAGAGAAAAGCACAUGUUACCAUUCUCGUUCAGUCCAGUGUACAUAUUUUUAGCAAAUGCUAAUCUUACCUUAACAUCUUGCUUUUUCAAAAGUGGCACCUUCCGAGACGCUCUUCCGUACAAGUUUGCCUCACAUAGUCUCCGUCUAAUUAUUCUUGCAGACACACCCUUCGACCCUCCUGCACCAAACAACUCCGAACGUAUCAGUUCUGAUCCCCUGGAUGGAUCUUUUUUUGCAAAACAACACCAUCUUAGAGUGUUCCCGCAGAGUAGUUUUUCUUGGUCUCGGUUUUCUUGCUACGUUUUCGGUCGUGUUGAACUUCUUGAAAUGUUUUAUAGCAUUCAUAACUCUGUCCUUAGAACAGUUCCAGUGGUUUGCUAUUUUUCUGUGUGAGCAAUCUUUAUUAAGAAAGUUGAAAAUAAUCUUCCUUGUGGACGAAUCGCAACUCUUGUUUUUUCCGAUAUUGCUGGGUUAAAAACAUAUUUAUUUUAAUUAAAAAAUUAGGUUUUAUAUGUAAAGGUCACGCGAUAAAAGUUUAUUAAAGUUAAUUGUUUUGUUUAUAAUAUUUUUAUAAAGUUAAAAUUAAAAGUUUAAGAAUGUUACUAAUUUUUUUAAACAAACGUUAUAUUAUUGCUGUUUAUGUAUCCAACAAUGGCAUUCAGUAACAUUGGAAAAAAAAAAUUACAUCAUUUGUUAAGAAAUUGUUUAUAAACAAAUAGACAAGUUUAAUAUUUAAACAUUUUUUUUUUACCAUUAUCUUGUCUUGGCAAAAUAAUGAUUUUAUUAAAAAAUCUUAUUUUUUUUAUUGUUUAUAAUCGUUUUUUUUUUAUAUUUCGAUUGUUUAAAUAAUUAGUUAAGGAAUGAUUUCUUCUUUAAAAAUCAUAAUUGGCAUUUCUCCAUAGGUCAAUUAAUUUCAUUGUUUGUAAACUUAAAUAUUUGUUAUAAACAAAUUAUAAACAAAUACCUCUUUUUUGAAGUAAAAACUUCUUUAGCGGCGUUGUACAUUUUUUUUGUAUGGGUAAAAAAUGUUAAACUCGCGUCAGGUUACACGUGGGUGAUCGCAUCAUGACACACAAUAAAAUUGGAAUGGUUGUUGACUUUCAAUAUAUUGGUCGAAACAUAGUAAUACUUUAUUUUACCAUAUUAUAAUAAGUCUCUAUCUAGGACGUCCACGCGGUAGCUUUAUUGAAGAAAAUGCCUUUUUUUACAAUAGAUGUCACUAGCUGCGCUUAAAUGUGAUUCAUGUAAGUUGAUAUGUUCAUCAUUAUUUGUGUAACAUAAUACACAUAUUUUCUUCAGAUUUAAACAUUGAGUUGAUUUCUUUACAAUUUAUGUCGCUAAGUGCGCUUAAACGUGAUUAAUGUAAGUUGAUUUUUCUGAGAGAUAAACUUUUUUAAUGUAAUAAAAAUAUGUUUGUGUACGAUAGCGCAAUAAAUAAAUAUUGUAUUCUACCACAUACAUGAUCGUACUUUUAUACUGAUAAUUAAAGAAAUUCGUGCAAAAUUGUUCCCUAACCAUUCCAAAAUAUCAAAAAAGCUAGAAGUUAAUAUUCAAAUUUUCACUUAUGCCGGCACUCCCGAAGUGCAACCCGCCCUGUUUUUUUAUAUUAUUUUGUUAAUAACAAUUGCAAUUUUUUACGUGCAGUAUAAUCCUCAAAACGCCUUUUUCUAGAGGUCAUUCCGAAUCCAAUGAGCUAUUGCUACAUUUUUAGGAGCUUUAUCUCUAUUUUUCACGUUUUUCAACUUGUUGACUGGACUAGUAGGGGAUUGGGUCAGGGUAGGCAACGGUACGAGUGAUAUUUUUUGAUAUCGCAAGCGUGGCUAUGGUGGCCGCUUACCAUCAGGCGGACGAUACGCUUGUUUACCACCCUUUUAACAUAAAAAAAAAACAAGAUUAUUAUUAUUUUGGUAGAUCGAUACUUUGAAAUAGUUUAAGUUACUAUGACAUAACAACACGCUACAGAGGGAAGUUUCACCCCCGCCAUCUGAACGCUUGACGUUCUAGCGGAUGGUGCGUUACGCACCUUUUUUUUUCUUGCGAACCAGCAUGAUCUGGAACGAACUUCCCCCAGCGGUUUUCCUUUUUAGGUAUGAUAUGGCGAUCUUCAAAAGGCAAGCUUGUAAACCUUUUUUUUCAGAGCAUGAGAGGUACCAGUGGUGCUGCAAGUAUCCAAGGGCGGUAAUGAACACUUACCUUUGGGAGGACUGCCAGCUUGUUUGUCUACGUAAAGAUAAAAAACCCUUUUUUUUUUAUUUAAGAACAACGGCCACUCAUACACCGAUAGUGAAUUCCGCACAGCAAACUAAAUCAUGGAAGGAAAUCCCUGGUCCUUCUUUGUGGGAUCUUAUAAAACAAGCUUUACCUGGUGCGAGUGGAGACUUGAACCUCACUGAUGGAUUAAAACUAGGGCAGGCUCUUUACGACCACUACGGACCGAUUGUGAAAUUAGACGGAUUUCUGGGGAGGCCGCCGAUUAUACUUUUGUAUGAUCCUGAACAAUGUGCACAGGUUUUGCGAUCAGAAAAUUGGUUGCCGAUUCGGAGCGGUUUCCAAUCAUUGGAUUAUUACAGAAGAAAUAAACGCAAUAAAGGCAACGAAAACCAAAGCAAUCCUGACAUGACCGGAUUGCUAACAGAUCAUGGUGAAACCUGGAAAAAGUUCCGGUCUACAGUCAAUCCGGUACUUUUGCAACCAAAAACUAUCAAACUCUACACCUCUAUCAUAGAUGAAGUGGCACAAGAUAUGAUCGUCAGAAUGAAAUCUCUACGUGGGGAGAACAAUAUGAUUCAAAGCGAUUUCGAAAUGGAAAUGAACCUAUGGUCACUGGAGUCAAUAGCUUUAGUCGCUUUGGGUCGGCGCCUCAGAUGUUUUGACUCACAUUUACCACCAAACUCGCCUGAGAAAAGACUCAUCCAAUUGGUCCACGAUAUUUUCGAAACAGCAGACAAAUUAGACUUUAAGCCAAGUUUAUGGAGAUACUUUCCAACAAGAGCUUAUAAAAAAGCAAUGAAAUUAUACGAGGAGCAGGAAAACAUAGCGAGAUUUUUUAUCGAUAAAACGAUUGAAGAACUUAACAAACAAGGAACAAGAAAAUCGGAAGAGGAGAAAAGCGUAUUAGAAAAAUUGCUUGAAAUAAAUAAAGACGUAGCCGUUAUUAUGGCUAGUGAUGUACUUUUUGCUGGCGUUGACACGACCUCAAAUACGAUAACAGCUUCACUUUAUCUGCUGGCAAAUAAUCAAGAUAAGCAGGACAAACUAAGAGCAGAAAUAUUAUCCAUAACUGAUGAAAAUCAGAAACGAAGCUAUUUGAGAGCGUGUGUCAAAGAAUCUAUGAGGAUAAUGCCUGUGGUGUCCGGAAACAUAAGAGAAGCUACAAAGGAAUAUGUCAUAUUCGGUUACUCUAUACCUCCGGGGAUUGGCAUAUCAUUUAUGCAUCAAGCCAUGUCAAUGAUGGAGGAGCACUACCCGCGACCCACAGAAUUUUUGCCAGAACGUUGGCUGGUAAAGAAAGGAGACCCACUGUACCAUGGUAACGCUCACCCGUUCGUUAAUCAACCAUUCGGAUUCGGAGUAAGGAGUUGUAUAGGCCGACGAAUCGCGGAGCUGGAAAUCUACACGUUCCUCAGCAGACUCAUACAGAACUUCAGGGUGGAGUGGUUCGGACCACCCAUGCAGACCAAAGUAGCUUCGAUUAACUACAUUACCGUCCCACACAAUUUCAUAUUCAAGGAUGCCUAAAUCACACUACAGUGAAAGACUGAGAUUAUUUUUAAAACAGUUUUUUCUUAUUAAAAGUUAGAUAAGAUUAUUUGUUUUACAAUCUACAUAUUUUAUAAAUACUUAAUACCUACUGUGUUGUAUUGUUUGUUUACAUAUUGUUAUUAAUCUGAUGUGUACAGUAUUUACAUGAAUUAUAUAAAUUUAUAAGUAAUUGAAGCUUACUCUUAUGUUUGUUUAGUGGCAUCGUUCAAAUCGUAUAAAAAUUAAUAUACAUAUUUCCGCACUGGGCCCGCGUUGUGGGUCAUGACCCGAUCUCCUUAUUCCAUCCAUAGGGAAGGCCUGUGCCCCAGCAGUGGGGACAUUAAUAGGCUGAUGCUGAAUACAUAUUUAUUAAUCGACUUGUUUCGGUCACAAAGUUGGAUACGUCACUACAAUUAGCUAAAAGACCAAACAUUGUUUAACUAUACUAACCAAACAUAAUUUUCGUCGAUCGUCGAGUUAAUGCUUGUGUUUUUAUAAUUUCCAAAUUAAUAUUACUAUCGUGACACACAGAAAGCCACAUAUCAACAGAACACCAUCAGCCUUUUAGAUUAGCCAAAAUAUGGCGAAAAUUGACUCUGUCGCCACGGUCAAAUAUUUAAAGAUGAAUAUUACUUUCUACUACCCUGCUAAUAUUGUAUAUGUGAUUUUUUUAUGUUUGUGUGUUUCGAUGUUAGUUACUCACGUUAACACGGCUGAAUAGUUUUGGAUGAAAUUUAUACAUAGCCAGCUUAUGAUCUGGAAAGAGACGGGAUACCUAUGUUUUAUCCCGGAAAAGUGUAAGGUUUCUAAGGGAUUUUUAAAAAUCUUAAUUUAACGCGGACAAUGUGACGGGCGGCCGCUCGUAAUAUUAUAAAUGGGAAAGUUUGUAUGUUUGUUACUCAAUCACGCAAACAUCACUGAACGAAUUUGCAUUUAAUUAAGUAGGUACGCAUAAAUUUUAUGCUAAAUUACUGGAAAUAAAUAAAGAAACGCCCUAAUAAUAGCGACAGAUCUCUAUUCACUGGUGUUGACUUGAUAAUAACAGCUCGUAAAUAAGUUGAUACGAUCGAUCGCAUGGAUCGCGUUGUUGUCCUAUCAAAUAUUUACGUGUCCUUCAUUUUGACAGACCUCAAACUCGAUAUCGGCAACGCUUAAGUUGCUGGUGUCGGUUAUUGGAACCGAGACAACUAAAAUAAGUUGAGGGAAGUGAUACUGUCUGUAAAGGAUUACAACUAGAAACGAUCGUAUCUGAAAGCUUGCCUCAAUGAAUCCAUGAGGAUGAUGUGGGUAUCAGGUGCAAAUGCGAGGGUAUAACGUGCUAGGCUUCAAAGUAUCCGAUGGUGUGAGAAUGUGAUUUUUAUGAUUCUGUACCCAAAAGGUAAAAAUGGAACCCUAUUCCUGUAACCUUGUCGUCUGUCUGUCUAUAUGUAACGGGUCUCUGGAUCGUAAAAAUAAGUUUAAGACCGGAAUUUUUUAUAUUUAAUGUAAAAUGCAAUUGAAAACGUUAAUGAACAGAAAACCAUGGCUAUGGAACAUAAUAGUGUCUGCUUAGAAAAAUUUAAUUAUCGUAUGAAAUGUGCAUCCCAAAUUCUCUCGCUUUAUCGUACAAUUAUGAUUUAUUUUAAACUAAAUGUCUUUUACUUUUUCUCUUAGCAUUAGCCAAGCUAAGCUAAUUCUUCGGAGCCUGAAGUUUUAUUCGCCUAUUGGUCCAAGCAAGCUGCGAUCUGAAUUGUAAAUAUCGGAGCGUCCUCAAACAAGCUUUGUGAUUGUGAAUCUGCGAGAUGCGCUGCACCUUCCAUACAUAAACAUUUUUCUCAAAAUCCCACUUUCAUUACUUGUUCCAAUUUGAAUAAACUAAUAACUACCUAUAGUCGAAUAAGACUUACACUGACACUGAUUGAACAUUGAAUAUAUUAUCAUUCAGUGUUUUGUGUGGAAUUUAAAAAUAAAUUUGUUUAGUCACGUAUUAGUAUAUUGCAGUGAAUUGUUGUAUUAACAAUAUUUUGUUUUAUAACAAUAUCAAAAGAUUAUUAUAACAACAUGUUUAUUUUUUUCAUCGAAAUCUGAAUCGUUGGGGGUGAAAUGGAGAAAAAAGCUUUCAUUCUCCAUUUCACGAAUGAAAAUGAAAGAUCAAGGAAUAGCAUCUUAUCACUUUUUUUUACAAUAAAAACAAUAUUUAUAAAACAAAACUGUCUGCAUCUCAUCAUACAUUUGAAUAAACAGAUCAAAUUCAAUAUGUGUUCAGCCAGCAUAUUAACGUUUGUGACAUUUUUGAUGAUAAAAGGAGGAUGUAUUUAGGUUUGCAGGAGCGUUGAGCCCACAAAUAGGCUAUAUGGGCUUAAGGGAUAUACGCCGAGCACCCACCCGCCGGAGGCUAAAUUGCCACUACGUAUUGGAUUAGACGCUUUCAUCCUCUUCGUUGUGUGCUAAGUCUAUUUUAAAAUCAUUUUCCAGCAUGGGUAAUGAUUCAUGUCAUAAUUUGGUGUGCAAACAUAACUAUUCUGUUACAUAAUAGGUAACUGUAAGUAAACAACUGUGAGCUCCAACUUCUCGGUUGGCAAAAUUUUAGAGAAUUUUAGUUGGCUAAGAUUUUCAAAACGGAAAUAUAUCACAAACAACUUAGAAACGUAUAAAUAGUAUAGACAUUCAGAGCUCAGAGAUAACCACGGGCUUUAUAAGUAAAUAAUAUGUUCCAAUAAAACUUUAUCAAUAAGAUAGUGAAUACCACACUAUUUCUCAUUGCGAGCAGAGGUGUUUACUUUUUUCGCUAUUCUGAAAAGCAAUCAACGAAUUCACCCAAUGGAAUGUAAUAAACACAAAAAAACUUUUCAGAAAAACUAAAACGCCGCGCCGCAACUUUUUAAUAGAUGCUAUCGCGGUGUACGGCUCGCGAUCGAAGAGAAUGGCUGGUGGAUGCAUCCGAGCGGCAAGAUUGAAAUUAAAUAAACCUCCUAAUAAAGGCGAAAAUGACUGCCUGUCUGCUAUGCCUUUACGCUUAAAACACAAAGUAAGUACGCAGAAAUAAAGUCUACUUUGGAGCUCCGUAGCGAAGUAGACUUUAUUUUUACAAACCUGCGAUAAAAACGACUAAAAUAAUAUUUGAGAGGGGUAAAAAAAGAAAUGAAAUGAUGUUAGAAAUAGUAUAUUACUGCAGCGCCCAACAAAAGAGGCAUUGAUAGACGAACGUGUAAAUAUGGGCCAAGGUGAAGUGGAGGCACACAUACGUAAGACCAUCAAUGCCUAGUUGCGGCCAAGGCUUGUAUAGUACUCUUCUCACGUAAUGCACGGAAACUAAAACUAAGAUGUAACUAAGCGGAACUUUCGGAAUUUUCAUACAACAUUUGCCGUCCGCUGCUGGCAUGUACGUGGCUAGUACACACACAUUCACAUUUCCAAACAUGUUUGAGAAAAACCAUUUAAAUACUUUACUCAGACACCUAUAUGAAAUUAUGUACGCAAAAGUGGAAGAAAUUAUUUGUACUUAUGACUCGUGAAUCGGUAUUUACUCGUUACUUUUAUUACUGGAAAAUUUUAAACUCCUGUGGGAUAACCAAAAAAAUCACGAUUGUGGAUGUGACAUUUCACAAUAAUAGUAUAAUGCAUGAUUUUUUAUAUUUUUAUUUAGUAGAUUACAUCUCCUUCAUACAGUAUAAAAAAAUCUACUUCAAAUUUUAAAUCACAUCGAGGAUUCCGAGGUGAAAAGUGUGUUCGCUCUUACAGAAUAGUCCUACUGGUCCCAAAUGGUCCCAGAUAUCGUUUCCGUGAGCGGUGUCGAUGUGUGCGUUGGUCGAGCGCAAUUUAUAUGUAGAUUAUCUUCUGUACUAUUUAUUUCGUGAUUUUACCGUACAUUAACACAAAAGGGAAGAUACGAAACGCUCAUACUACCAUUUAAAUAAAAUAUGCUCCGACUCGACUACAUAAGCAACCCUCACACACGUACACCUCUGUAAAUAAACAUUCAAUCGAACGUGCGAGACAGAACUGUACGCUUCAACGCAGAGUGAGCGAAACGGCGAUUCUGCGUCUGAGUUCGCACUGCUGAGCUAUAUUGUUGUCCUUUUCUUGAUGACAAAAUGGCGAUUACAUAAAUAAAAUUCAAAGCAAACGGAGUUUUACGAAAAGUGUUGCCGAGGCAUUGGUUAUUUGAUUUUAAACUAUUUGUGCAUUGUUUUAUCUUUAUAACACAGAAUAUACGCAAUAUUGCUAUAUUGAGUGCACAUGCAACGUGUUUGAAUGUCCAAUUGUGAAUAAAGCGAAUUGUGGUCAUGCACCACAAUUUAAACGGAUCACUUUUGAGCCGCGACUGCCGUAUCUUCCCUUUUUGUUUUAAUCUAAGGGGUUUACUUUAAAAUAAUCUAGGCAUGAUUAUGUCACCUUUACAAAUCUAAAAAACUAAGUAUAUAUUCAUUCGUACCACGGCAGUAAAAUCGUUUCCAUACAGUUAUUGAAGGAAUAGCCGUUUUAUUCAAUCAUUAGGAAUGUAUGAGACAAAACGUGGGUUGCCCGAGCAAUGUAAACGGGUGCGUUAAUAACGAUAAAAGCCCGGACAUAGGCCGACGUCACACGCAACUUCCAAUAAAGUAAUGGGUGCUUGUAGGGAUGUGAACUAGAUAUUUUAGAGGUGAAAACUUCUUUAGCGGCGUUGUAAAAAAUUUUAAACUCGCGUCAGGAAACGUGGCGUAAGACGAAAACAAUAAAAUUGGAAAGGUUGUUGACUUUCAAUAUAUUGGACGAAACAUAGUAAUAUUUUAUUUUAUCGUAAUAUAAUAAUGAGUCUCUAACUAGGACGUCCAAGUGGCAGCUUUAUUGCGAAGAAAUUGCAUUUUUUUACAAUAGAUCAUUAUAUGGUUGAUUUUUCUGAGAGAUAAACGUUUUAAUGUAAUAUAUAUCGUCAUGUUUGUGUACGAUAGCGCAAUAAAUGAAUAUUGUAUUCUACCACAUAAAUGUUAGUACUUUUAUACUGAUAAUUAAAGUAAUUCGUGCAAAAUUAUUCCCCUUACUAUUCCAAAAUAUCAAAAAUGCACAACGUUAAUAUUCAAGUUUUCACUUCUGCCGGCACUCCCGGAGUGCAACCCGUCGUUUUUUUAGUAGAGGAUGACUUUCAUGUCGAUUUUUUAGAGAUUCUUUUGUCGAUUAUUUGGAAUUUUGUACGUCUAUUAAAAGAUGAGCUGUACAAUGUAGAUUCACAUAAUAUUCUUACGAUCCUGUUAUUCCAUGAGUAGGUUUUGAAAGUAUUUUUUAAUAAAGCUGACAUAUGAUUUUUUUGAUUAUGAAUCCAGGCGGAUAAAUCUGCCAAGAAAAUCUAGUAAGUAGGUUCAAUUCUCGGUUAGUUAUCGUUGGCUGAAACCCAAUGGUAGUUUACAAUUCCUUAUUACGUUAGCGUUGGUUAAAAUCUGGUUCCCAUGUUAUUUAUUGAUUUAUCAUAUUGUAAUGCGCCUGGCUUUCUCAUUCGUUAUAAAUAGCAACUUAAUUCUAAUAUUAAUUAUCAUUCAUUAUUUUUAAUAUUAUUUUAAGUAUGAAGUCGAAAGAAUUCAUUUUUAAAACAUUACCGUUUUCGAACUGUUUAUUCUCUUCGAUGCCACCAAACUAUUCCCAUGUAGUGAUUCAGUUGUUUUAUACUUGUUCAAAGGCCAAGGAGUUAUGGCACCCUUGGAAAAGCGUGGCCUCCUGCUGCCACUGCCCUUGACUCGCAGUGGCCCGCCCCCAAUGUCAACAGACGAUUUCAUUCAAUUUACCAGGCAUAUAUUAGUUUUCAUGACAUUUAUAACGCGUUUACGACCGAUAAAAAGGCUAUGGCAUCAUCUUUUCUGGUAUGUUUGCAUUUGUUUAUCAAAUAGGUAUUCUUCAAUAGAAGUUUUGUGGGAGACUGUAUGGCAUAAUUUCUCAACACGUAUUAAUAAGAAAUUUUGUAAUAAAUGGAAAAUAGAAAGAAAGAAGUAAGAAAUAUUACUACGAAAAGGGUUUUAGGGAAAAUGAGAGGGAGGUUGGCUUGAUGGAAGAAUCAAGAGGUUAAGAUGUGAAGUAUUUGGUUUCACUUUUUCAAUGAUAUCACGUACCUAACAAAAAAUACUUGCCAUUUAUUAGUUCUCCUAAUGUUAAUUACUUAUAAUGGCAUCAAAUCAAAUUGAAUGAAAAAUAGUAUAAGGAACUGUUGUUAAGAUUUCUAGAGCUUAGAAGCAUUAGGGCGGAUGUUGAUUUUGCCAACUUUACAGGACAGAAUAAAAUAAAAAUUCAAUUUUAUCGGCAAAUAUUUCAGUAAGUACAAACAAUAUGUAAAUGUUGUCUUUGCAUUUACUUAGCUAAAUAAGGAGCUUAACUAGCUUCAUAAUUAAAAUUUAAAAACAAUGUUUCCAAACAGUGAAAAAUUAACUUUUUUAAAAAAAAUGAUGACAUCCGCCUUUAUGCCACUAAAAUUAUUCAAUGUAUUUGUUCAACUGAUUAGUAUGUGCCCAUACGGCUUUAUGCCUCCAAUUUUUGUAAUUUAAUGUAUGGUGUUUGUCCAAAUGCGACUUUUUUGUGUUCAUUUAUUAACCGUGGUUCUUUAGGCAAAAAGUCGGACAUCUCUUAACAAAAAAAACUAUUCCAUAAAUAAACGAUACUUAUUAAUUUAAUAAUAAUAAGAAAAUGAGAGAAAAUUAAAAUAUUUAAUUAUUCAUCUAUUUACUGGGGUAUACAUAACACACGGCGUCAAAAAAAUGCACCUUUAAAAAUUCUUAAAUAUUAUUUAGAGAAUAUUGUUGUGUAUCAUUAGAAAGGUAACGUAAAGGAGUAUCCAAAAACCUUUAAUUUUACCUUUUAUUUAAUUAAAAUUAUACAAACAACAUUAAAAUGAAAAAAAAACCUUAAUUAAGUCCUUAUUAACAACAGAUAAUUUACAAAGAAAAAUGUACAAAAAGUAUCUUAAAUUUAACUUAAGAUCUAGUGUUACCCCCCUAUCCCUCUACUCCCGAUCUAGUGUAAGAAUGGGCUAGGGGGGGAAUUCUUCAAUCACCGCGACUUGGAGCUCCUGUAGAGUCGAAGGAGCUGGAUCCCGAGAUCGAACCUUGCGUUUAAGAUGACCCCAGAGGUGCUCUAUCGGAUUCAGGUACGGACUUCUCGCUGGCCACUGCAUCACAGAGAUUUGGGACCUCUGUAAGAAGUCACUCACGAUAGCUGCAGUGUGGGCGCGGGCGUUGUCGUGCAUUAAUGUGAACCCCUCGCCAAAAGAUUCAGCAAAGGGGACCACAUGCACUUCUAGGAUCUCUGUGACAUAGCGGCGAGCAGUCAGCGACCCUUGUCCGCGAGUACUUCUAGUCCGAGAGACGCAGACAAGGCCGAUUUUGCUGGCAGCCGACAUACCGCCCCAGAUGAUGCAGGAGCCGCCCCCAUAUUCCACCGUCUCCUGGAUGCAGGCUUCCGCAAAACGUUCACCCUGCCUCCGGUAUACUCUUCUCCGUCGAUCGUUGCAGAAAAGACACACUCGCGUCUCGUCUGUGAAGAGAACAGCUCUCCACUGCUCAAGGAUCCAAUGGACGUGGUCACGAGCAAACUGUAAGCGGGCUCGCCGAUGCGCUGCUGUCAACUUGGGACCCGUAGCAGCUCUGUGGGCCACUAUCUUUUCUCCUUCAGUCUUCCUCUAACCGUAGAGACGCUCACGGUGCGUCUACAAACUGCCUGAAGCUGCUUUUGCAACUCAACAGCGUUAGAGAGACGAUUUCUCAGAGUUCGACAGAGACGACCUGUUCAACGGUCUACCGGUCUACCGGACCCAUGUCUCCGGAUAUAGCCACCAGUCUCUAUGAAGCACUGGUCUAUACUCUUCGAACGGAAAAACGGUUCAGUUGCCGGGCAACAUCACACUGCCGCAUUCCUAAUUGCCGUAGUGCAAAUACUUGAGCGGCUUCAUCAGCUGUGGUAUCUUCGAGGUGAUUUUUCUUCAGUAAAAUCUGUACGUUGACUCCGUGUGGACCGUUUUAUACCCACACAAGGAAACGCAACAAGCGACUCUCACGGUAGCAAAAUUUGCAUUGAAUUUUUGUGACACAUUAUUUCUUGCACUAGGUUUCAUUUGAUAAUGAAAAGUAAUGUUUUUAAUUAAGUCAAUUAAGAAACAUUUUUCAAUUAAAUCAUUAUUACUGUGACUACAUGUGCAUAUUAAAAGUUAAUGACAUUUGAAAAUGAUUUUCUAAGAGGUACAAUUUUUUAACGCAUUUUGUAUAUUAAUUAGUCACUUGCUGGAAAGUCGGGAAUAUUUCCGUUAUGAAUAAGAUUUCUAUAGUAGAUAUGAAACUCCAUAGGAACUCAUUUCAAAAGAGUCAUCAGCUCAUUGUACUUUGCAGUAGAUAUAGGUUUCUCAGUCACUUCACAAAACACCAACAGACCGAAGGUAAAACAAAAACACCGAAAUGUAAACAAACAAUGCGUGCAAGGAGCAAAGUGACAGACGGCCAGACAUACGAUCGCGCAACGACCAAUCACAACGUAUCUCAUUACACUUAAACUAAUUCAGUGUUAGUCAUUGGACAGAUAAUGCCCAAUGUCGCUAAUUUUUUGGCGCCAUAUUUUGAAUAGUUCACAUCCAUAACGAUUUAUUUUUACAUUGGCCCACCAAUGCAUUUACAAAGUUUCUAAAACAAAAGGCAUAAAGUCGUAUAUCUACAACCGUUUUAAAGUUAUUAAAGGAAUCUUAGAUGCAUAAUAUCGGAGGUUUAGUUACGAUGAAUAUUUUAAAUCACUGUUUGAACCAUAAAGGCGUGACUCCUUUUACGUAGCCUUGGUGCGAAUAUUUUUUUUAAGCAUAAGGGCCAAAUUUUCAAUCCACCAAAAGAAAAAUACAGUAAUGUAGACGCAGAGAGAAGGAAGUGAAAAUGAAACCUUAAGGUUCUAAUGAUUUUAGAAAAUCUGUAAGAACCGACAUUAUGCACGGAAUUAUCUUAGCCCAGAAAAGAGAUAGAAAUACAGCUCUUAGUGCUAUGGAAAGAGAACGAAGAGCUUUUCUUUGUUAUUCAAUAAAAAAAUUUUGCCCGACCUGCACAUCCGCCCAUAUGCACCUAAGCUCCAGAUUUAUUUAUCUAAUACUUUUAUCACUGUAAAUCGAUCGCCAAUUCUUAUAUAUUUAAGUCCACACAGGAGAAUUUGCUGUAAAAAGAAAUGGUUUGAUCUAUAGUUCGGUAAAAGAUAAUGAUGAAUGUGGCAGAUGUCAUCGCGUUUCCAACAGGAAGCUUACUAUGAUCUCUUAUUGUAGAACUCAUUAAGUUCUUGAUAAGAACUGAUUUUGAAUUUGAUUCAGUCAAGGUCUGGGUACAAUGUUUCAACUACAAAGUGAUAUCAGAUUUGUGGCGCCACAUUCCUUGUUAAAUUAAGAUGUUAUUCAAUUCAAAUUGUUUACAGACAACAAAAUGGUCCAUUAAAUCGUUAGUAACAAUAUUUAACUUAAAUGCUUUGUUAGUAUUUAUUAUUUUUAGGUUUCAAUCAAUGUGUGUUUUUUUAAAUUUUAAAUUGUAUAUUAAAUAAAAUAAAAAGGAAUCCAAAACAAAUGUGAAACCAAAAUGAAAUUAUGUAAUUAAUUAAUAUUCUGUAUUUAAAGUCGUAUAAUUUUAAAAUCAUAUAGUUAUUGGAAACUAGCCCAUAUUAUAAGGCGUUAGUAACUGAUAUAAUUAGUACAUUCUGCAACUGCGUACCAACUCAUAUAAGUCAGAUAAUAGCAAUCGGCUUGAUCAUUCAUUCAAUUGCGACUACGAAGUUACAAACUAUUGAGUAGUACCUAAACUGAAUCGGAAACAAAAAAUAGAUAGUACCGUGGAUAAUCUCAUGUACGUAUUUCACUUUUAAUACCUACGCUUGGCAGUUUCAUUAGGCUUGUCAACUUUGGCUUGUGCACAAAAAAAAGGUGGUAGUGGCACUCGUACGUUUCUAGUUUUUCGGUUAAUUGUUGUUAAAUAAACAGGAAGAAUGAAAAUAUAAAACAAAUCUAUGUAUUUCAAUUAGGUGAAAGGAAGGGGUGAAACGUCAUAAACAUGAAACUUUACUUAAUUUCAAUUAUAAUGUUAAUGUUAUAAAACCAAAUUAAAAAAAAACGAUAUGUGUAUUCGGACCCAUAGAAAUAGUAAAACUUUAACUGACAAUUGCCGAGAGAAUCUUCGCCAGCGUGCCGUCUCCCACCGCGCGAUAUAUCGUCUACCCUCUUCACGCGGCUGUAACGCUUUUUCGUGUCAGCAAAAUCCUAAUAGUCUAUAUAGAAGUUUCACUUCAAAAAAGAUAAUAUAAUUAACCAUUUAAUGUUAAAUUCAAACAACCGUCCACUCAACAGUUACAAUGAUUUUUUUGCUCUAUUUUGGCACAAUAAGUUCACAGACGCGUGUCUCAAAUGCAUGGCACUCUCACUAGUCCUAAGCAGUCCGACAAAUCUUGUAGUUUUCGUGAGCGGUAUCUACGUGUGCUUGCUCAAGUGCACUUUGUAUGUAGAUAACAUUCUGCUGUUAAUACGCUCACACUGUUUUUUUCUAUAUGACUUCGCACGGUUUGUGCAUUUAGCCACUGUCAAGUGUAAAAUGUUUACAUAUUCUAUAGCACUCGUGGUCAAAAUAUUAGUCAAGUCUAAGUAAGUGGCAGUCAAGUCAAUCCCCCUUUCCCUAUGUUUCAGUAAAUGUGUGGGGAUUUACUGGAACCUCCCCGUGGACUUCUUGAGGGAACGUCGAAAGACACUUUCCGCUAUUUUGUUGCACUUGCCAACACUUGUGCAUGUUUCCGAACACUUAGUGGUUAAUAAUCCACCUUUAUUAGACACUAACAUCCACCACGACACAAUUUUUAACAAGAUAAACAAAACUGCUAAAGUGACGCUUCCCGAUCCCGCCAAAAAGUCCGCGCUCACGCGUGGUUGACAGAUUAACGAAUUUUUAUUUUGUUUUGCUCUUUUGGGAAAGCAAAGGUUAAGCCAUACAGUUUUGUGAUUUGAAUUUUUUUCUUCGUUGAUAAUGGUGAAGAAGGCUAUGACUAGUCUGAUGUCUUUUUAAUUCAAUAUUAGAUAUCUAGAAGAGUUAAUAAGAUAAGUCUAUAAAGACUAGUAUAAUUCAAUUUUUUUAGGAAACAGCAAAUGACCGCUGACACACGCGAAACAAUCCCAAUUAUGCAUAAGCGAGAUAGAUUUGUAUGCUCAAAAAAUUCAGGUUCAUCAGGUUCGGGUUUUCUUUAUUUACCUAAAUAAUAUAGAAAAUACAAUAUUGAAAAAAAGAUGUAGGUAUAAUUUUUUUUAAUACUAUAAUAAGUAAGUCAUAUAUUUAUGAGUUUUCCGAACAUUAUGUUAUUUUUUUAUUUAUUUAUUUAAUAAUUUAUUGUACACUAAAUAAAAAUACAUAAAAAAUACUUAAAUAAUUACGUACAAAAGGUGUGGCUUAUUUCUCUGAGAAAUCUCUUCCAGCCCACCUGCGAUAGGAGCUAUGCUGGGAGACAUAAAUGUCGCGUGUACCUACACUAAAACAUAUUAAUCAAAAAAAAUAUAAAAUAAAUGCAUAUCAACUAUAUGAAUAAAAAUAUAUAAACAAUAUAUAAUAAAUACAUAAACAUAUACAAAUAAAUAUAAAUGAACACACAAGAAGUUUCGAUAGGAAAAAAAAACAACUGAGAGAAAGAAAAAAUACAAAAAAUUAUGUCAAGGACAGAUAAUAUUCCUUGACUAUAUUUUUAAAAAGCGGAAGUGUUGUGAUGUCUCUAAUUUCUGACGGCAGGGCAUUCCACAACUUCACUGAAUAAACAGUGAAGGAGUCGCUGUAGAAGUCGGUACGGCAAUGGUUGGGUGGUAUUUUAAGCAGAGUCCGAACGUGUGAUCUGCAGAGCACCCCCGGAGGUCGCACAAACUGGAAGCGGUCACGAAGAUACGCAAGAUACGCUGGGUUAUGCAAAAUGUUGAAUAACAGAAAUAGGAUACGGGAAUUUCUACGAAGACGGAUAGGAAGCCAUUUAAGUUGUGUUCUGAAUUUGGAAACAUGGUCAUAUUUACGCAGACCAAAAAUAAAACGUAUGCACAAAUUUUGUAGACGUUCGAGCUUAGUCAAAAGUUCCUCUGUGAUGUCCAGAUAACAGGCGUCUGCGUAGUCCAGACUGGGGAGAAUCAGUGACUGGGCCAAAGAAAUUCUGGUUUCAAUCGGUAAACAGUAUUGAAAAGAUUUUAAUGUGUGAAAAGAGGAAAAUACUUUACGACUGACUUCGUUAAUGUGAGCUUUCCAAUUCAAGUUGCUGUCAAACGUGAUUCCUAAAUUUUUGGCAGUAAGGGAGAAAGGAAUAAUUGAGCCAUCGAAUACCACGGGUGGUAGCAACUUCAAAUCCAACUGUUUCGUCAUAUAAGCACUUCCCAUCAUCAUAACUUUAGACUUUGAGGGAUUUACCUGCAACCCAUACGAUUUAGCCCAAUUGUGUAUGUAAUUUAAGUCUUCAUUCAGAGCCGAUAUAGCCUCGUUAACAUCGGAAACGGGGAAAUGACGAUACAACUGCAAGUCGUCGGCGUAGAGAUGAUAGCUGCAGUUUAAAGAUUUAGUCACGGUGUUGAUAAGUAGUGAAAAAAGUAGCGGGGAUAAGAUGCCUCCUUGAGGAUCUCCCGUAGAUAAUGUGCAUCUGUCCGUGAGGUUGUCAUUUAUUCGGAUACUUUGGGAUCGGUCUCGGAGAUAAGAAUCGAACCAGGAGACAGCACCGACUGAGAAGUUGAGAGAGUCAAGUAUGCCUAGGAGAAUGUCGAAGUCAACUGCAUUGAAAGCAUUACUGAAAUCAAGCAGCAAUAAUAAUGUGAGGGACUUAUUCUCCAUAGCAAGCCUGAUAUCAUCAGUCACCUGAAUAAGAGCAGUUACGGUGCUAUGUCCCGGCCUAAAGCCGGAUUGGAAUGGGUUUAAUAGGUUAUUGGACAACAAAUGCAGAGAGAGCUGCUUAUGAACAAGGUGUUCAAGGACUUUUGAGAGGAAUGGUAAUAUGGAGAUAGGACGGUAAUCAGAACAGGACAGAGGGUUCGUGAUUUUAGGUAAAGGAAUAACAUGAGCACAUUUCCAAGCUGAUGGGAACCUAUUGCUUGCGAUGGAAAAGUUAAAAACAUGGGUAAGCACAGGAAUGAGUUCACCAAGAAUAUGGGAAACCAUCCUGGAACAGAUUCCAUCACUUCCUUUGGCAAUAGACGAAAUUGCCAAAACGGAUUUCUGCACAGAAUCUUCGGAAACGGGACUGAGGUUAAAAGGAUUAGAGGAGGGCUUAGGGGAGUCCGAUAAAUGACGUAAGGUGUUUACUUUGAUGUUGGCAUCCAGGGGCGUGGAGGACGUAGCAAAAUGUGCAUUCAGAGCACUAAUGUCUACUUUAUCACCACCCUGAUUAUGUGACUUACCUUUUACGUUAGGUUUAUGGUUUCAUGUAUAUGUUUUUGGAGUUUUGUAAUAAAUAUGUUCUACUAAGGGACUUGUAUCCAUGGUCAGAAUAAAUUUUAAAAUAUCUAUUCAAUAAUUAGAAAUAUAUAUCUAUGUAUAGCAGACUUUUAUAAAUUAGUACUUGAUCUGUGACUAUCAUUCAUUCCGUUCAUACCCUAUCCGAUCGACUCAGUUUUGGUUUUGGAGGUCAUAGUACGAGAUUAAAGUAAAACUUCAUCAGUUCUUAUUGAGAACUGAAUCGGAAUUUUGGUUGAUCAUAGUAAUCCUUCUGUUCGUAGCAUCCAAUUUGAUAACAAAUACCGAUUUGUCCAAUCAGCUGGCGAUGACGCAGGAUCCAGGACCGUGCGGCUCCAGCCAGCGGCUAAUUUCACUCCGUUUCACAAAUAUUGUUUUAAACUUAACUUAAAUACCACUCCGUUUCAUAAAUAUUGUUUUAAACUUAACUUAAAUA